CUCCGGAACGAGAGUACUCAGGGGAAAGGGGGGGGAGCGGGAACAGCCUCGCGCGCGAGGGUGCAGUUCUCCUGCUGUGCUUGCAUCCGCGUUGAUUUAUGGACUGCAUUUGCAUUCAUGCAUGCUGUUGAUAUCGUCAGUGCUCAGGAAGUGCCAGCUGCAAGCCUGCUGCACGAUAUUCUUUGUCGAUGUACCCUCGACUGUGAUUCUGGAUGGGCCAAUGCUGUUGGUCACGCCGCUUGGUUCUAUCUCGCUUUAUGAGGUUCUGUCGAUCUACUGCUCUGACGUUGAGCGUCCCUUCUGCACGUGUUUUACUGCCGUCCCGUCAGCGCGCUUGUGACAGCAGGCGCAUACAUGCACCCAUUUCUACUCGCUCGCAUAUCAUGACGACGGGAUUCACACAGUGCUUGCCAGUAGAUCUGCCCCCUUCCAAGCGUCGCCGUACGCUCGUCAGCUCCAUCGCAGGAACUGCGUUGAGCGCCGCACUCAUUGGGACUGCAAUGGGCCUCACCGCGUAUCGCAUAUGGAAGGACUGGGGAAAGCAGCCACGACUCGAGCUACCUUCACCGCCUCCGCCGCCUCCGUACGAGCAAGGUGAAUGGAUGCCACCAAAGCUUGACCCUAUUCCGGCCAACGUUGUGCAAGUUGCGCCGUCCUCAUCGUCGUCAGCCGCUACACGUUCGCGCAAACUGCGCUAUGUUGCUGGUAGUCGGCGGACGACACGGCAUCACAAGAGCCUUUCGCGCACGAGUCACGUAUCAGUCGCGAGCUCGAGCAGCAUCUCUGCAUACCGCGCGUCCAUCCCGUCCGACUUCACGUUCACUACGCCUACCGAGCCUGAAAUGGACGCCGAGGUGGAUGACCAAGUGUUAUGGAUGAACGACAGGCUCGCAUCGCUUAUCGCAGAGGGCCAACGGGCGCUCGGCAAGGAAGUCGUAGUGAUGAGUGAAACGCAGGAAGACGAAGAAGACGACGGCGCAGGAGGCUGGGUGGAAGAAGACACCGGUCAAUCAACAAGUUCUUCAUACGCUCGCUCUGCUAGAACGUCGUGGAGUAGCGGCCUUCCACCAUAUUCGUCCCCUUCUCCUCGCCAGCUCGCAUUUGAUUUCGCCCGCUCGCCCCGCGUCGAGUCCGAUGCCUUCGCAGGUGCAGGAUAUCGGGAGGAUGAGUCCUCCUGGCAGACACCCGAGCUUCGCGAGGCCAUGGCGCGGGCGCGGGACAUGUACAAGCGGGAGCGCACGUAACUCUCUCUCUGCACGACUUCCUUAUUCUCUUCCUCGACCAGAAAGGCCUAUGGAUACUAGAAUCAUUUCUCCGGCACGACAAGACACGACCGAAACGCGUACUCUGACUCUCCACACUGCUGUUCAUCACUGUAUCCUAUUCUAUCUGCACACCGGCUCGCUGUUCUCUCCACAUCGUAAAGCUAUGUAACAUAACCUAUGUCCACUGCUCUCUCUCUCUCUCUCGGCUUCUCCGGAUACGUUGUCAUCGCAAGCUCUUCACC